GAUUCGUCACAAUCUUAAAUCAUCUGUUUGCAGAAUACCCAUAGCAGAACACCGCAAGCAAGCCGUAAUUCCCAAAAGCCCCAUACAUCCGUCAUGGACGCCCUCAUACCCCAGAUCCGCACUCUCUACGCCAAAGCCGACGAGCAAACCCGCUACAAAAUCCAACAAGACCUCCGCGACCUCCAAACCUCGUUCGACAACGAGUGGAACCUCGUAAUCAGGAUCGCAUCUGGCUCCCUCCAAAUGCCCCUCGUGAAAGUCGGGACUGAUCUCUCCCUCUUCACCACCCUUUCUUCAUCCAAAGGCCCUCUUGCCAUCUCCACCCUCGCAACAAGCACGUCUGCAGCCCCCAAAAUGCUCUUCCACCUCCUCCGCGCCAUGGCAGCCUUCGGCCUCAUCGAUCAGCCCUCAGCCGACACUUUCGCCGCGAACCAGACUACACAUGCGCUAGCUGAUGUUCACGUCUCCGGCGCGAUAGCGCACGCGUACGACAUCCAUCUGCCCACUGCGUACGCGCUCCCGGCUUGGCUUGCAGAGAACGAGUAUCGGGACAUGACUGACAACAAAAACCUGCCAUUCCACAGGGCCCUGAACACCGAUCUGACGCCGUUUGAGUGGAUGAAGCAGCAUCCUGAGCAGAUGGCGUCGCUAGGACACGCAAUGGCGAUUCAGAGGGAGGGAACCUGGGUGGACUCGUACCCAGUCGCGUCUGCUAUAGGCGAUUUCCAGGCCGCAGCUGACAGCGCGUUGCUCGUUGACAUUGGUGGCGGUUUCGGUCAGCAAGCGCUUGCCUUCAAGAACAGCGUCACUAGUACGGCGGGCAGAAUCAUCGUGCAAGACGUGCAAGCAACCCUCAAGAGCGCGCCCGAGGUUGAGGGACUGGAAUUUCAAGAACACGAUUUCUUCAAGGAUCAACCGAUCAAGGGAGCUAAAUUUUACUACUUAAGACAUAUUCUACAUGACUGGACGGACGAGGACAGCAUCCGGAUCCUGAAGGCAGUAGUCCCAGCUUUGGGACCUGACUCACGCAUUGUGAUCGAUGAGGUUGUCUUGCCGGACGCACAGCUGCCAUGGCAGGCUGCGUAUAUGGACCUUACAAUGAUGGCAUCGUUGGGCGGGGUCGAACGGACGAAGAAAGAAUUCGAGACGUUGCUAGACGCAAGUGAUCUACGAACACUCGAAAUUCAUCGGUAUGACGCAAAAAUGCAGAGCGUUAUCAUCGCAGCACCGAAGUAACAAUGACGCGAUGUCGUCUGCGCUUUGCUACCUCUUGUUGAGCUCCUCUCCGCUCUGCCCAUGUCUUGC